AUGACCUCGUCCCUCCCCGCCAAGCUCCCCUUCACCUCCUCCCCUCCCGAGCUUCCGCUCUCCGCCCGCUCUCAACCUCAACCACCCCAUUCUUCCUCUCCUCCUCCUCCUUUUCCUCCUUCCGCACACCUCUCCCUCACCACCACACCUCACCAACAACCAUGUCCCCACGAAACCCCCGGCGCUUCGCGCCCCUCAAACCCACCCCCAUCCCCAGCAACGCACCCAAACUCCAAGGCAUCGUCUUCGACAUGGACGGCACUCUCUGCGAACCCCAAACCCAAAUGUUCCUCGACAUGCGCUCCGCCCUCUCCGUCCCCCCACCACCGACAUCCUCUCCCACAUCGCCUCCCUCCCCGCCCCCGACCAACCCCCGCCCACGACACCCUCCGCGCCAUCGAAGCCCGCUACAUGGACCUGCAAGUCGCCCAGCCCGGCCUCGUCCUCCUCAUCGACUACCUCGACGCCCGCGCCCUCCCCAAGGCCAUCUGGACCCGCAACUGGGACCGCCCCGUCCGCGCCCUCCUCGCCCGCUUCCUCCCCGGCCGCGCCUUCGCCGUCGUCACCCGCGAGUGGGGCGGCGAACCGAAACCCCAUCCCGGUGGCAUCUACUCCAUCGCCCGCGACUGGGGUCUCUUUUCCUCCUCCGGGGACCGAGGCGGUGACUCGGAUGCCAUUGCCGGCGCCGCUGCCGCUGCCGUUCCCGACGCGACCAAUCUCAUCAUGGUCGGCGACUCCAUGGACGACAUGCUCGGCGGCCGCAACGCCGGCGCCGCCACCGUCCUCCUCCUCAACCACCACAACGCCGACGUCGCCGCCAGCGGCAUGGCUGACCUUGUCGUUCGCCGCCUCGACGAGCUCAUCCCCAUCCUCGAAAAUGGAUUUGUCGGCGAGGUAGAUGGCUCCCCGAUACCGGUGCCGGCCCUGUUGCUUAAAAGCUGGAGGAACAGGGAAGGGGAAUAA